AUGUCGCCGCACUGCAAGCGAGCCAAGAUCUCGGCGACGAGUGCAGGUACGCCCAACAGUAAACUGAACAAGCGCCAAUGGAGUCCUGAUGAAGAUGGUGCGCUGGAGCUGGCUGUUCAGACCACAAGAGCGAAUGACUGGUCGGCUAUCGCACGGCUCCUCCCAGGUCGGUGCGGCAAGCAGUGUCGGGAGCGGUGGGUGAACCACUUGAGUCCAGCAGUGAACAAGGAGGCCUGGACAGAGGAGGAGGACCAACUCAUCUUCAAGACGCGCGAUCGCAUCGGGAACCGCUGGGCGGACAUUGCUCGACUUCUGCCUGGGCGGACGGACAACGCUGUCAAGAACCGCUACUAUUCGACCAUGAGGCGCCGCGGACGCCAGCUACGCAGUGGAAGUCACAAGAGUCGAUCGCCGGAUUCAAUGUCCGAGACGUCUGAUCUGGCAUCG